UGGCGUAGGAGACGUGCGUAGCGACAAAGACAGCGAGCCCGAAACCUAUGGGGAAGGAAUAAAAAAAGAAAUUCAGUAUCGUCGCACUCUGUACUUUAAGACCAUCGUUUUUGGAGGAGCUCGCUGCCCCAGGUGUCAGUGCUAGAACCGAAUUUUGACGGCGGCGAGGGCAGAUUUGGACCAGCGUAGAGUCACUGAAAUCGUGGAAGCAGACUGUGGCAGCUGGCAGAUUUUCCGUUGGACGUUUCUGUAGGCUAGGGUAUAGCGAGGGAGCCGCCAUGGCAGUCGGAUCAUUGAGCCUCCACAUCGGGAUAUGAAGAGGAACUGCAUGUGUCCCGAAUCGACAAGAAAAGCCCGCAUUUUCCUGUGAUCCACCGGAUCAGCACUCAUACCAUCUGAUCUAAACACGUCUUCGCUUUUUGUUCCAUCGAAUCCUCAUCCAGAAAGAAAUCGCAAUUGGUUUUAAUCGGGGGGCCACAGGGAGAGGCCAGAUUCAUGACUAUUUUAGUCGGAGACGUGUCUUCAAAGGCCCGUUGAAAGAAAACAGGGACUAUCAGGUAGAAAGGAUGCUCUGAGUGACUGUAGAUGGGAAAGAGCUUUAUUAGGAGAAACCAACUCGUGUGAAGGAUCGUGGGACAAAUCGUGGGAUCGCUUUCUGCCUGGCUUCCUGGUGAAUUAUAGUAUUAUUCAUUUACUGUCAUCCUUUUUGGAUGAGAAGGUUCGGCGAAUCGAACAGCCCUGCCGUUUAGCAAGUCAUAGUCUCCGAGGCGAGAGAAUCUAAGGGAUCGGAUCAUGUCGGGUCGGCCCAGGACCACAUCCUUCGCGGAGAGCUGCAAACCAGUGCCGCAGCCCUCGGCUUUCGGCAGCAUGAAAGUCAGCAGAGAUAAAGAUGGCAGCAAGGUAACGACAGUUGUUGCCACUCCAGGCCAAGGCCCUGACCGGCCACAGGAGGUGAGCUACACGGACACUAAAGUCAUCGGAAACGGCUCCUUCGGCGUCGUCUACCAGGCCAAGCUCUGCGACUCUGGGGAGCUGGUGGCCAUAAAGAAGGUUCUGCAAGACAAGAGGUUUAAGAACCGUGAACUGCAGAUCAUGAGGAAGUUGGAUCACUGCAACAUAGUCCGCCUGCGCUACUUCUUCUAUUCCAGUGGAGACAAGAAAGAUGAAGUCUAUCUGAAUUUGGUUCUGGACUACGUUCCUGAGACUGUGUACAGAGUGGCCAGACACUACAGCCGAGCCAAACAGACCCUGCCUAUGGUUUAUGUUAAGUUGUAUAUGUACCAGCUGUUCAGGAGCCUGGCCUACAUCCACUCGUUUGGGAUCUGCCAUCGGGACAUCAAACCCCAGAAUCUGCUGCUGGAUCCAGAGACGGCUGUGCUCAAACUCUGUGACUUUGGCAGUGCUAAGCAGCUGGUCCGUGGAGAGCCUAACGUGUCCUACAUCUGCUCUCGCUACUAUCGGGCUCCUGAGCUCAUCUUUGGUGCCACCGACUACACUUCCAGCAUAGAUGUGUGGUCAGCCGGCUGUGUGCUGGCAGAGCUGUUGCUAGGACAACCAAUCUUCCCCGGUGACAGCGGAGUGGAUCAGUUGGUUGAAAUUAUAAAGGUUCUUGGCACCCCGACUCGAGAGCAGAUCCGUGAGAUGAACCCCAACUACACCGAGUUCAAGUUCCCCCAGAUCAAGGCACAUCCUUGGACUAAGGUGAGUCAACAGGUGUUCCGGCCGCGUACGCCUCCAGAGGCCAUCGCCCUGUGCUCCCGCCUGCUGGAGUACACGCCCACAGCCCGCCUCACCCCACUAGAGGCCUGCGCACACUCAUUCUUCGAUGAACUGCGUGACCCUAAUGUCAAACUGCCCAAUGGGAGAGAGAAGCCCUCCCUCUUCAAUUUUACCACCCAAGAAUUAUCCAGUAAUCCCUCUUUGGCCUCCAUACUCAUCCCUGCCCAUGCUCGCAGCCAGGCCACCACCUCUACCCCAACCAACGCCUCUGCCACCACAGAUGGCAGCAGCACAGAGCGAGGUCCCAGCACCACCACCGCCUCUGCCUCAGCCUCCAACUCCACCUCCUGAGCCCACAGACCACCCGCCCCUCCCCGGUCUCAGCCCCAGCCCACGGCCUCUCCAUUGCCCCGGUCAGGGGGCUGAGCUCUGCCCUGCUCUACUCCCUGACAGCAGCGGAGCGAUGCUGACGCAGUCUGGGUUCAACAGCUAGCCAACAGCCCCGUGCCACAACCACAAACCGCCCCCACCUGCCUUUCUUAUCCCCGACCGGUCCCCCCCAUCCAGCUGUUCGAACUCUUCUUCAUCCUCCGUCAAAAAUGUCCUUCCGUGCCCUUUCAACAGGGAAGCAAAGCGCAGGGCCAGAGGUGUCGUCGGCUGUACUAAAGAUUCAAGUACACUGUACAUGUAUACACAAUGCUAGCCUGCUAAUGUUUGUAAGAGGACAAUCUGUAGAAAAAAAGUCCUAAGCUGUUACCCAUGGCCCUUCCCUUAUGGUGUUCAAUUUUUCUGCAUCCUCAUCCUUUGACCUCUGACCUCUGUGUACCCUGGCCGAGCCCCCUACUCGCCCCUUUCUUGGUUCCUCCUGUAGUGCAUGGCCUGAGUAUGGUUAGGAUCACCCGUUGGGUCAACCCACCCGUUCACUUUUUCCACCUCCACUUUCCGCAGACAAGGCAUGAGGCUCACGCACGCGUAUACACAUUCAUAAACACAGUCACACACCUGGAUGCAUGAUGAUCCUGAUGUAUGUGGAAAGAAGCAGUCCACUCGCGGGAGUAAAGUUUGGACACUUUUUUUUUUUUUUUUUUUUUUUUUUUUUUUGAUUGCCUGGGGUUGUUUUUAAAUGGUAAGCAAACUGUUUUUAUUUUAUCUUAUUUUUAUUUUUUGUAUUCCUGGGCAGAUUUGGAUUGCCAUGUGAGAUGGAUGUGACAUGUAUCUGGUCCUGUGUGCUUGUAUAAUAUAUACAUACAAUACAAAACAAACAUGCAUACAUAACACAGUUUAUAUAUUACUUUUCCUUAUGUAUAAAAAGUAUAUAUAGAUAUAUGUAUAUUAACUACAAUGGUUCAGAAAUCAUUUAUGGUGAGCUCAUAUCUGGCAGAGCAGUGGCAAUAUUUGCUGCUGCCUAAUGACAAUAGAAUUAGAUAAGGUGGUGUUUUGUUUCUUUGGUUUUGCUGGAGUGUGGUUAGAUUCCAGCAUUCACUUCCUGGUUCUCUUGCGUUGUCUGUAUUUAAGGCUGUAGAUGGAUUUAGGGCAUUGCUCUAUUCCUUGUCUUUGUACUGACUCUGUAACAGUGUUUUCUGUGACAGUGCAGCGUCCUGACAAAAAAAAAAAAAAACAACAAAAACUAAAAACAAAAACAUCUUCCAUGCUUCCCCCACCUCUUCCUCUCAUCAUGAUCUUCCUCUCUGUCUGUCUCCGUGAAGAACCGAAGAUGUUUCUUAACUUUUCUUUUCCUUGAAUCUCCGACAAGUCUCCGGCGGCGGUCUUCGGCGAGAGGCACAGCAGUCUCCAGACACCGCCGACCACUGUCUCUCGUUCGUCAUGACCACUGACUGAAGUGUUAGCCUAGCUUUCUUUCUUUCUUUCUUUCUUUCUUUCUUUCUUUCUUUCUUUCUGUCUUUCUUUCUUUCUUUCUUUCUUUCUGCUCCACCUGCCGCACAUAGAGCCACUCGGUACAGUCCGUCUUAUUUACAGAGAAUACUCACUACAUUUAAAAGAAAAAAAAAAAAAAAAAAGAGAGAAAAGCUGAAUUUGUAUAUACAGUAUAAAUGCUCCUCACCAAAAUUCUGACUUGUAUGUUUUUUUUAUGUUGUUAUGUUGAUUAUUUUUUCCAUGUUGUGUUCAAGGUAUGUAUAUAUGCAGACCCAUGUACUGUUUAUGAGCAAAAACAAAGAUGACAAAGGGUAGGGAAAGAAAUGAAAAAAAGAUUAAAAAAAAAAAACAAUCAGGGCAAAACUGAUGUUGCUUAUGGAUACUGUAGAUGAUGAUGAUGAUAAUGAUGAUGAUCAGCUUUAUCCAGCCAUAUGUUCAAUCUUACCUGUACAGUACAGUAGAAGACAGCUGUAUUAUUGUAACAAGAACUAGUCAUGUAUAGUGUAACUAUAGUUUGGAGUGCCUUUGCUUUCAUACACCUUCGCCUUGUUCAUCACCCCCACCCCACCCUACCCCACCCUCUUCACCCUUGUAUUGUGACUCUCCCUUUGGUGCUGUUGAAUGUCCUGCUUUCCUGCAACACACACAUACACACACUUACACACACACACUGACAUCGCACUGUUGCACCUGAUUUUCUGACCCCUCCACUCACACGUUGUUUCCCUUUCGUCAUUGCACAUUAAAUGUAAUAUACAGACAUUGUUAAUUAUAAGGAUAUUCUCCUUAGCUGAAGAUACAGUAGACAAGUGUUUAUUUUAAUAGAUGUUAAAGGUUUUAUCUUGGACACACAUGCACGCACAAAACAUGUAUACCACAGUCCUGGCACAGGCUCCGGGGCAUGAAGUGGCCGGGGUGUUUGGGGUGGGGUGGGAGUGUUAUAUGGAUGGCAGCAGGGGUUAAAAAAGGCCUCUUAUACUGUAUAUAAAAUACAGUACAGUUUCUGUAUUACUCACAGUGUUGGUUCUGUUACCAAAGCCAAACUAUGAUGUAGUUGUGAUGAGCCAUCCUCAGAGGCAAUAAUGUAUUCUGUCUCUCUCUGGUUAUUCUGUUGUUUCUUGUCCUCUUGCUUGUUCUCCUCCCCGUCUGUGUAUCCGGGGGGAAUUCAGUAGCACCUAAGGGGUCGAGUCAUGUAGCCUUUCUCCUGUCUCCUGCUUGCUGUAAUUUUGCAUUCAUGAACGUGUUGCUAUCCUCCACCAGAACGUUUGACCACUUCACCCUACCCCUGAUUCCAGUUCAAUAAAACCACCACAAAGGUUACCAAAAAAGAAGAAAAGCACGGACAUAUGCUGGUAAAAUAUGCUAGUAAAAAUUGAUUGUACUUGCAUAUAUACUAGUAUAACCUGCUAACUGAGUUUUACUGGGGUUAAAGAAAAGAAAAAUCAUAGAAAAUACUACAAAAACAUCCUGUAUAACAGUACUACUACUUGAAUGCCUCUGUUUGUGACUGAAAUUUUUAUUUCUUUUUUGUUUUGUUUUGUUUUGUUUUUCUUUUGUUCUGUGAAGGUAUGCUAAAUGUGCGCCUCUGUAAAUAUUCCCUCUGCGUGCUCUGAGGAAUAGUUCCCUGGUACUGUAAUUUGCAUUAAAUAAAGAGUAGGAUAGCCUGGAAAUGA